AUGGACCCCACAUCUGAGGGGCGAUCGGUUGUGGGGUCAGAUGAUACGACACAGGACCCUAACGAGACACAAGGGAACGUAGAUUCUCAACAUGUACGACAUGAGCAACCGAUUGUAAGGUCAAACGAAACGACACAAGACCCUGACAAGACACAAGGGGACGUACAUUUUCAGCAUGCACUUGAUGACCAACCGGUUGUAGGGUCAGACGAUAUGACACAGGACCCUGACGAGACACAAGGGCCAGUAAAUUCCGAACAAUGUAUAGCACCUGAGAUGGAGAUUGGAUCAUCAAUACAAUUAGGACCUGAUACUUCACAUCAUAAUGGUACUACUCGGGUGCCACGUAUGUUACGGGGUGGGAAAGUUUACACAAUAGAUGAGCAGGGUAGAAAGAAUGUUAGGACUAUUGGUAGUCCUAAGGACAUAUGGCACAUACCUGCUGGAGAAAAGGUGGUGAUCGAAUUCAACACGUUGUACCAACCAACCGGCCCGGGGGUCGAGAAAUUUAGAAGGAUUUGUGGGAAGAUCAUAAGAAAUGGUCGAUUUGUACAUUUGCACGGUAACUGGAGGAAAUUACCAUUGGAAGGGAAGGAAGAUAUGUGGUGCACCCUAACGAAAAAAUUUCAUUUUGAGCCUGUCCACCUAGUUGAUCACAUUAAGGAAUUAACAUUGAAGGACCUAGCAAAGAAAAGAAGGCAAUACAGAUACGAGAUCAAGAAGGGUCUAAAUUUGAAACAGGGUGAUACCUUAGAGUCUGUGAUCGGUAGGGCUUCCGCAGUGGCAGUCUUCGAUUCUGAAGACUUUGAAAUGCAAGUUGAUACGUGGUUGUCUUCGGCUGAUAUGGAGAGAGCGUUGAAGGCCAAGACAAGCCGUGCCCAAAAUGUAUUUCUUCACACUUUGGGAUCGAAGAGUAUCGCACAAGUUGCACGAGAAAUGGAGGAAGACAUGGGAGAAACACCGAACCGAGAUGAUAUGUUCAUUGUCUCGCAUACCAAGAAAGAUGGAAACCCUGUGAAUGCAGCGGCUGGGGAAGUUAUCUCGAAGAUGAAAGAGAUUAUCGAGAAUCAAUCGCCUACAGAACGAGUGUGUUCACAGGGGUCAGUCUAUUGGUCGCAUAAUGAUGCAUGUGCACAAGUGCUAGGAUGA